AGUUUCAGUUGUUUUGCAGCGCCCGCUCCUAGCCGUUAUACCUGGGGAAAUAGGCCAUUGCAGGAAGACGCGGGAGGGGGAGGAGGCGAAAAAUCCACCAAAUAAAAUUUAGUAUUUGUUAGAUCUUGGCCGAGCAAAGGACCCUGCUUAAUUAUGUAGCAAUAUCAGUGACAUGCAGUACGUUCACAGUUCAGAGCAGUCUUUCUGUAGUUAUGUGCGCCCAACCUUUUCAAACUAAACCAGUUAUCAACUAAAUUUUAUGUAAAGUAUUUGAAGUGCAAUUCUCAGAAAAAAUCCUAUGAUCUAACAAAAGUACAAACAAAAUUUGCAAAAGAUAUUUAUAUGAAUUUAUUACGCAAUUUUUGCGUAUUCGUCUAGUCCUAUAUAUAUUUCCUGCGACGCAUAUCAAAUAAUCCCGGUGCUUUAUUCAUGAAAGACUGAGAACAAAUGAGGAUUACAGAUAUCAAGUUUAAAUCAAUCCUUCAUAUAUUGGCCGAGAUACCCCUGAGACCUCCAUGUACGGGAAAUGAAGUUUGAUAGAAAAAAGUUUUCCCGAAAUGAUGAAAUAAGUCAGUUAAAGCAGGACAACUUCAACGCCAGCACCAUGAUCUCCCAGACUAACGGAAUUGAGGGUGGACACAGCAUUGAGGGUGAGGAGCAUAAUGGAGUUCUAGCGAUACCUAAUGACAAAGAUCUUGCCCCUAAGCGGCUUCAUGUGUCAAACAUUCCGUUUCGAUUUCGAGAUCCUGAUCUUCGACAGAUGUUUGGUAAACAUGGAAAUAUACUCGAUGUGGAAAUCAUCUUUAAUGAGCGCGGAUCGAAAGGAUUUGGCUUUGUCACCUUUGGUAACGCUGAAGAUGCUGAGAGUGCCCGAGCAGAGCUACAUGGAUCUGUGGUAGAGGGUAGAAAGAUUGAGGUUAACAAUGCCACAGCUCGAGUACAGACGAAGAAGCCUGCUGCUGCACCUCCACCAGUUGGCCUAGCCCCCAGUCAGAUCGGUUUGCCCGGCGUGGCCAACAUGGCCGCCGCUGCUCUUAGGGGCGCAGCGAUAACCCGUGGAAGGAUUCUUCGUGGAUAUCCACCAGCAACUGCAGGAGCUAUGUCAGCAGCACUUCCACUGCAACAGCUCCAGCAGCUUCAACAGCUGGGAGUAUAUCAGGGUGUGGGAGGGAAUCUGGUAUAUGCUGGAUAUGAUCCAGCAAUGCUUCAAGGUCUAGUAGCUCCUCCACAGGUUCAACAGGCUGUUCCCCAACCUGGACUUCUUCCUGCAGGCAUAGAUCCUAGACUACUUCAAGCACAGUUCCAGCGACAACGAGAGCAGCAAAGGGAGUCAGGAGAUCCCCAGGCAGCUCUGAGGCAGUAUUAUGCCCAGAUCCAGGCACAACAGGUUAAUGCAAGUAUGGCACAAGCACAAGCUCAGGCACAGGCGCAAGCCCAGGCUCAGGCACAAGCUCAAGCUCACGGUAUGCCUGGUGUUUCAGCAGCACAUGUAGUUCAUGCCCAAGCGGCCGCAGCUGGAGCUCCUCAGGGUGGAACCCCAAAUCCUACAGUAAGCACCUCUAUGAGCAGCAAUAUACUUGCACAGGCGCAAGUCCAGCUAGCUGCACUUAAGUCACAGGCAGGGAAGACAUCAGCCCCAAACCCUGCUGCUAUUACAACAAUGGCAGGAAUGGCUCCCACGAUGAGUCUACCGUUCCGAGGUCUUACAGCCGGGGGUUCUUUUGCGGGCCUCCCUGCAGGACUUACCCUGCAGCAAGCACAAGCUUAUGGCCUUGGUGCAACUGCCUUGACAGAUCCCUACCUGGGACAAAGCAUAGGUCCCAUUGCUGGAUAUCAGAACUCCCUCUACCGACGGUUCACACCGUACUAGAGUCUUGAGAUCAAAAAUCUCUGUGGCCUACUUCGCCUCCCAAAAUCGAUCUGAAAGGAGUGAGAAUCUGUCUAGUUAAGACAUAGAUCUAGGGUGACCUAAUAGAAUUUCCUCUGAAUAAUAGUUCCCCUACAUAUACCUGUGUCCUGUAUACAUGGUUCUAUUGAAAGGAAAACCUCAUUUAUCCUAUGUUUCGAAACGAGGCCUACAUUCCUGGAAGCCCUCAGCUAUCUAGAUCCCAUUCCAAAUCGUAGCAACUUUUCGCGUCAAGGUAUGUGGACUUUUGCGUAACGCUGAAGCACGUUAUAUGACGCACAUAUAAAUAACUAUUUCCAAGAGGUAGUAAUCUUUAGAACUCCUUUAAUUAAGUAUUUAAUUAAUUGAGAACAAAAUAUACUCAGUACUGCAAAUACUCAAAAAUCUCCAGUGAACAGAUUAAAAUAAUAAUUGGUAUUGUAUUGUUGAUAUUUCAGUUGUUAAAAGCAUUUUCUAGUUUCUAAUCUCGACAUAUCCUUAAAACGAGCAAGAACGUAUUAGGGCCUUGGUGCUUCUCCGUGUCUUUAAACCCUCAAAAUCAGUUGAUUUCCUUCAAAUGCAAUCGCGAUCUCCAAAGACCUACUGUGAAACGGUUCUCUACUAAACUUGUGAUAUUUUUAAAGUUUUUAUUUUCUCAGAUGCUCAAUAUGGUGCUGAUAGCUUUUUAAUUUAGAAUUUAUACACUUAAUAUAUUUAUUACCUGCUCAUUUAUUUACAUAAAUGGGGUUAGCUUACUACACAACGGCCUUGUGGAGCAUGCGCAUUGAACAUAUUUGUAUUUGAAAAAGAUAAAUAAUGUUUGAAAUCCUUGCAUGACUGUUUUCCAGGCAAGAAAAGUAUAUUUCGAAGAUACGAUCGUAUUCAACCAAUUAUGGUUUGUUUACUUUCCUUUUUGUGAUUUAUGUACAGUUUAAAUCUGUUGUAAGUAUUUUGAAAAUCUAUCAUAGGGUGCGUUUCUUGCCUCAUGGAAUGGUCUCAAAUCUGGAAACCUUCUGUAUAUGUGUAAAAUCUUAUUUGUUCACUUCUUCUAGAAUAUUCUUGGCUCGUUCCAGAUUAAUGCUCGAUAAAAUGUAAUCUCACAGUUAUGAUGGAUUUUAAACCUUUUUAAAGAUGAAAAUAUAUAUUAAAGACUACUAACAAUAAACUUACAUAAUUCCUAAAGAUCAUCUUUAUAAAGAUUUAAACAUUCCCACACAUUUGUCUUAUGUCUGAGAGGGUAAAAUCUUAGCUCCGAGACGGCGUCUAAAUAUCUUUUUCUCAAUCUGUCUAAUAAAAAAUACAUUAAUACAGUGCACAACUAUAGUUUAAUGGCAUGCAGAUCCUUUCCUUGACUGUUAAAUCAAUCUUGUAGAAACCUUCCUUGACUGCUCUGGAAUGUGCAAUGAAAUAGAUGAAACAGUUUUUUUGGCAUUUUACAAUAAUUUUGACUGACAUUGUCAGGGUGUUAUUAAAGCUGACUGAGUUUUGGAUUAGAUUUACCAAAGACAAUAAUUAUAUUUAACCCGUUUUAGUAAGUAAGAAAGUGCUCAACAUUUUCCCCCAAAAUUUCCAUCUUAACAUUGCCCUUUUUAAAUUAGACGCUGUCUUCCACAAGAUAAAGCACAAAAAUAACUUUCUGAUUCUUACUGUGAGCACUGGUAAAAAUGUCUGUUUUGUUCAAAUUUAAAUCAAAAUAUUUUCAUAUUUUUUAGUAGUUGUCGUCGCCUUUAUUCACCUGAAACUUAGCAUUUAAUUUUGUUAUUUUACCUCUAACCAAUUCUUGUUUGUACGUGGCGAUAACUAUUAGAAAAUAUUCAUACUGUAUAGUUUUAAGUUUAUUUCAUAUUGUUACUGUGAUUCAUGUAUAAUACGACACUGAUAGAUUGAUAGGUUGGCCUAAUCCAGGAUACCGAUCAUUGGGUAAAAUCCGCAACAUUUUGGUCUCUUGAAUUUAUGAAUUUACUCGCGGAUUUUAGCGAUCUCCUUAUCCUUGGUAACAAACAAAUCUUGUCUACAGUAUCUUGUACAAACCCUUUCUCCAAAGGCCUAUGUACGGUACAGCAUAGGGUGUCUUGGAAAUAUUGCGUUAUUUAUUUUAUUUUCGGACCGGGGUUUUAGAUUAAUUGGUUCAAACAUUUUAAUGCAUUUUUUGCAAUAUUUCCAUGGAUCCUUGUUGUGUAAUCCGGCCAUCUAUGUUUCGACAGGAAAAGACAGAUGGCCGUUCUCUCGUAUCUGACUGUUUAGUCGUUAACUAAUAGUAAUAAAAUGUCUUAAUUAUGAAUUUAAAUAAAAUAUAUCAAUAAGAAUU